GGUGCGUUUACUGAACGGCUUCGCGUGUCGGGGUGGUUCUUCUCGGGGUGGAUGCUCUGCCCCCUGGCUCAGGCCCAGCCCUGGAAGAAACAGCGAGCGCCCCGUUGCGUCCACCUCCGUUGUGCCCGAGGGGGCCGCCGGCUCAGGCACGGGAAGGCUCCGGAGCGCAGCGCUGCCUCUCCCCCCCGGCUAAUUAUGCUUUUCAUGCAAUGUUCGUCAAUCCUUUCGCAGAGAUCGGCGUUCUCGGAGCGCUGCUGUGUACUGGCGCGGCCUUCGUCGCCCUGUGGCUGGCCCUCAGGGUGCUGCGAGUAGCCAUCAUAGAGGCCAUUGAGGUUCUUGACGAUUUGGUGCUUGGUGUGGAUGUUCAGCUCGAGGAUCUGCAGAUCAACCUUUUCUCAGGUCGCGUGCAGAUAACUCAACUUGUGAUUGAUAAUCCUGAAGGGUACAGUACCGAGUACCUGUUGGACGCCCACACCAUUAUGAUUGAUGUGAGUAUGUCGGCUUUCCUAUGCACUUUUGGGCGCCACCUCGUGGUUGAAGAGAUCGUGCUCCGGGAUGUUGACAUCAUUUACGAUAAGGGUUUGUUCACAUCCAACGUGUCCGACGUCCUGGACCACAUCAAAGGAAAUAAGAAGACCACACUUGCCAAACAACAGAGUCGAUCGUACUGUUCGUUUAAAUGUUUGGGAGGGCGAGGAAGAGAAGCGGAAGAAGAGAAGCUGCACCAGCGCUUGACCAGGAGAACCAAAAAAUCCACGGGCAGGCUUGGGCGACACCUCAGGGCUAAAGCUGACACGUUUAGGGGCUGCUGCGACAGGCGUUUGCCACGUUGCGAACCCGCCGAGGUCACCAUCAAGAUGGUGAGUAUGCAGAACGUCGGGAUGAAACUGGCCCCGCACGUGCUGCAGGGCCUCGGCCUGCGGAUACAGCUUGCUGACAUCACGAUCCCCGACUUGUCCCACGAGCUCGAUGGAGCCUUGAGCACCGUCGCGUUUGUUCCUACCGUAGCCGCGUUCCUGCUGACAACACUUCUCAAGAGUGCAGUGGCAACUUCCUUUGACAUUGUGGCGGUAAGCGGGGACUUCUUGACACAUUCCGUAUCCGAUUUCAUCGACGUUGCAAGCAAGAUUGGUUUGACUGUCCAUCAGUCGACCACGGCAUCGACCCCACAUGAACCCCAGGUAUGCUGAGCACACAUGUCGCAAAUGUAUGUCUGAAUACGGUUGGUCGUCGUGCCUACAGGAACAUGUUUCACACAUGUCUUUCGUAUGGGUUUUCUGUGUCAGAUCGGGGUGUGCUGUUUCGAUGUGAGGAGCGCCUGGCGAGCCCUUCAGGAUGCGCUCCAAAGAGAGGUCACGUCCGUGGGCUUGCGGAUCUUGGUAUGGUUGUUUUGCCGCUGUAAUGCACGUUUAAAUGCACGUUUAGAUGCACGCGAUCCACCAGGCCUUUGCUUCGUUUUGUUUGUCCUAAUUCUUCCCGUGAGAUUACCUUCGCCCAGUUUUCGCGCGCUGCCUUGAGCAGGGCACCGUCGCUCGCAGCUUGCACUCCAGCCUGAAUCUUGCCAGCCAGCCGUCGUGGGAGCGCCCGUAGCUCAGCUGAUGGUCGGCCCCCGUCAUGCUCAGAAUUCUGGCACGUCGCAAGUUUCCCAUUCGAGCUUCUGGAGGUAGCUGCGGUGGGCGUGCAAGAGGGAGAACUAACCGUCGGGAGGGGCGAGCAGGAAGAAGAGGAGUAGUUCCAAGUAGCUCUCAAAAGUUUCAUCGCUCAGAAUUCGUUGCGGCCGCACGCUUCCCGCUGCCGUGGUAACCUGUGCAUUGUAUUGCAGUGCGCUGCUUCGCGGGGGCGCCCACUCACGGGCGGGAACACGCGGGUUUAAACUCGUCGUCCUCCUCCUCCUCCUCCUCUUCCUCCUCCUCCUCCCCCCCAGAUGACCUCGGAGCGCCGCCCGCCCGGGACGAGCUCCAGCCGGCCCUCCGCGCGCCUGCCUCUGCUGGGGGCUGCUCUCGCAGGGGGGGGCUCUGGGCGCGGCCUGCUGCUCACUGCGGGCGCGACACCGCCAGCCCUGUUUUUUUUCGUGCGCUGCGAGAACACCUCUCCCGUCCCCUCCCUCCGCUCCUCGUCCCCUCCCUCCGCCUCCUCUCUCCUUUCCCUCUCGCUCCUCGUUUUCGGCCCGCCUUGCCUCGCCUCGAGGCUGCGGAUGUGGCUGAAUAAGAGUAUUGCUCACGUGCCUUCUGGACACACGGCGUGUUUUCAUUUCCGCCCCUGCCACCCGCAUGCGGCACGUCCCACCGAAGAGGUGGGCGCAGCGACCGCUAGUAGCCCGCGCGCCAGGACGGACGCCCCGCUCGAGUCGUUGCGCGCGUGCUUUUUGUUGGUAUUUCUCUCUCCCUUUCUCUCCCUCUCUCUCUUUCU